AUGAUCCUUAGCAUCCCCGCCUUCUUUGCCACUUUACUGAGCGCGCUCCAGACGUACUUUCCUGACCAGGUAGAUCCGAGCUCGAGGACCCGGAACACACCUCAGUCUGAAGUAGCUAGGACUUACGACUUCAUAAUAGUGGGAGCUGGUUCCGCGGGGUGUGUGCUCGCCAACAGAUUAUCGGAGAACCCUAACUGGACGGUCCUUCUGAUAGAAGCGGGUGGCAAUGACAACUACAUUUCCGAUACUCCGUUUCUUGCGGAGUUCCUGCUCAACACAGAAAUGGAUUGGAACUAUACAACAGUUCGAGAAGAAGGAGCAUGCCUAAUGAACAGAGGAAGAGUGAUUGGAGGUACCAGUACUAUCAACGACCUGAUUUAUGUCAGAGGCAACCGGCAGGACUACGACGACUGGGAGGCACUAGGAAACCAAGGGUGGAGCUACAAAGACGUAUUACCUUACUUCAUCAAGGCGGAGAACAUGACUGAAAGAUCUUUGGCCAACUCCAAAUACCACGGUACCAGAGGUCCUCUCACUGUCCAAUACUCGAGGUUCGUCACACCGCUCAGAGACGACUACGUAAAGGCUGGGAUAGAACUCGGAUGGCAUUUCGGAGACUACAAUGCCAAGAACCAGUCUGUUAGUGGAUACCAACAGACCAAUCUUAACGGACCCCUGCGCGAGAACACCGCUAGGGCAUACUUGAAUCCGACAAGGAGCAGGAAGAACCUGGACAUUAUUAUGAAUUCCUUUGUAACUAGAGUGAUUAUAGAAAACAAUGUUGCAAUAGGUGUUGAGUAUUUCAGGGACGGCAAUAAUCAUACGGUUCUCGCAACGAAAGAAGUGAUCUUGUCAGCAGGAACUGUAGAUACAGCUAAGCUUCUUAUGCUUUCAGGAAUAGGCCCAAGAAAAGAAUUAGAAAAACACAAUAUAGAUGUAAUACUAGAUCUACCAGUCGGUUCGCAUUAUGUCGACCACGACGAUGUUAUUGUCACUUAUGAACUUAACGACGCGCCUACGGUCACUCCAAGCGUUUGGAGAACAAAUGAAAGUAUCAUGGCGUAUGCUAUGAAUGGAGAAGGGCCCUUAACAUUGGCACCUCUAGGGUGCGAGACUUUGUCAUUCUACAACCCUCAAUCUUCGGAAAAACCGCCUUCUCUUGAGACUAUGCACUGUACUACCGGAAGCAUAGUAUCCGACGCAGACGGCAACAGGAACAUCUUAAGAUUUGUAAUUCUAAAUAUCGAACCGUACAGCGUAGGGAACGUGACGCUCAUGAGUAAUGAUUUCAGAGACCCACCAGUUAUCCAACAGAACAUGUUCCAGGACCACAGAGAUAGAGAUAAUUUAGAAGAGGGUGUCAUGAGGUUGAAUCGGCUCAUGGAGACUGAGACUAUGUCUAAGUAUUCUCCUCGAAUAUACGAGGAAGGAAUGCCAGAUUGCGCCGGGCGAACAGGAAGCGAUUUCGCAAAAUGCGCGGUGGAAUAUUAUUCGAUCCCUGGAGGCCAUUGUAUCGGGACUGCAAAAAUGGGUCCACGUUUCCAACCAGACAGCGUCAUCUCUUCAGAAGACCUCGUGGUGAAGGGAAUGAAAGGGCUGAGGAUCAUCGAUGGCUCCAUCAUGCCAACACUUCCAAGGGCCAACACUAACGCAGUCAUCAUAAUGCUUGCUGAGAGGGGAGCCGACAUCAUUAAAAACUAUUACAGAAUUUAA